CCAUCUGGGAGCAGUUAGAGCCACAACAGCUUCCGUAUAGCACGCGCGCGUAACUUCGUCUCUGAAGUCUUCACCAGGACCAGAGAGUGGCUGGAGCAAUGACACGGUGAAUGCGUCAGGACAAGCAAGAAAGAAGCUGAAUGAACAUUUUUGGAUGCCUACAAACUAUGGGAGGAAAGGAAAGCAACGGGACAGUCUGACUCCAGGAUCGAGUUUGGCAGCUCCUUCCGCGGAAAGAGAAAAGUACCAUGUGGCUCUUCCUGUGAGGACAAGGUUCCUCCUUAUCUAGUCUCUUCCUAUUCGGAUAAAUAUCGGCAGCUUUCUGUUUUCCUCGAGCAUUAUGCGUUAAUAGUUAAUUAAUGGAAAAUUCGUGAGGAAAGUUGCAUGACUAUUCCUGGCUCCACUACAUCAUGCGUUUCGUGUUUGGUUUCCUUCAUUUGACAGAAACACGUCAAGAAUAGGCCGUGCCAACAAGGGAUACUAAUAUUUAUUACAAGAAAAAACUUUAGGGCUUCUUCAUGUAAGAAGGAUAAUCUGACGGAGACAUUUGGAGAUAAAGGACCAUUCCCACACAGCAGAUGUACUGAUACUUAUGUAAAAGGCAGUACACCAUGUAUCAGGGUAUCGCUAUGACAGCAAACCAUGGACCACCUUCAUACGAAGGCUCGCCGAGCUUUGUCAACAACCCGGCGGCAUCCUCACCUGUUUACGUACCUACAAGCCGUGUUACAUCUAUGAUACCAGCGCUGCCUUAUUUGCAACCGCCUUCAACGUCUCAGCAGGGCUCUUCAGCCUCCAGUCACUCCAUGUGGGCUCAGGCCGGUGUAGAAGCUGGGGUCGCUUACAACCCGGGUUCCUCUUCGCACCCUUCUCACGUGUCCUCACGCUUCUCCUUCUCAGCCAGUCCACCUAUAACAGCCUCGGGCUCCUCCGUAAGAGAAACCUCAGCCUACACCGUUCGGGAACAGUACGGUGGUAGGAGCUUCGGCAGCACCUACCAUAACCCGUACCAGGCUUAUGUUGGAUCCGACAUGGGAGCGGCGUGGCCUCCAGCUGCCUUCGACAAUCCAGUGCUGCACAGCCUGCAGAGCCGGGGGGUUCCCGGGACGGUUAGGCACCCGAAUAUAGAGCUGUUUGAUGACUUCGCCGAGGGUCGAGAGUGCGUCAACUGUGGAGCAAUGUCAACCCCACUGUGGAGGCGUGAUGGUACUGGACAUUACCUUUGCAAUGCCUGUGGUCUGUACCACAAGAUGAAUGGCAUUAAUCGACCCAUCAUAAAACCCCAGCGUCGCCUGAGUGCCUCACGCAGAGUGGGAUUGUCUUGCAGCAACUGUCACACAAGCACUACUACACUGUGGCGACGAAAUGCAGAAGGGGAGCCGGUCUGUAAUGCUUGUGGGCUCUACAUGAAACUCCAUGGGGUUCCCAGGCCGCUAGCCAUGAAGAAAGAAGGAAUACAAACUCGCAAGCGGAAACCAAAGAACCUUAGUAAACCCAAACAAUUAGGAUGUGUUGGCCCUCCAGACAGUCUAACUCCUAGUAGUCCGGCAAACCUCAGCACAGAAGAGCUCCGGCCAAUCAAAACUGAGCCUGGAAUCAUAACUCCGUGCACACACCACAGCACUCUCUCUCAGACUUCUUCUUUGCCCGGACACCUAACCAUUCACAGCAGUCCUCUGGGUCUGAAGCUUUCACCUGACCGACAUGAAGGGUCUGCUAUGUGCAAAUCUGAACCUUGGAGUAGCCUGAUCCUGGCAUAAAGAAGAAAGGUCAAAUGUCAGUGGACAAUGUCAUUAAAAAAGCAUUAAGAAUUAUAAGCACAAAAAGAGGAACUAAAUAACUGUGAAAAACGAGAGAGUGGAACAUGACUACUGUCUUACAGCAUCAUCUCACAGUAUUUAGGUGCCCACCCCAUGUUUCAUUGCUUUUUCUUAAUCUUGACCAUGUAUUUUUUUAUUUGUUCUUUGAUUGCAUAAUUUUACAGACUUGUCCAAAACUGUGCUUGCUAAAUAAUGUUUAUGCCAUUAUAUUUUUUGUGCUACAUAAUGGCUAACUCUAAUAAUACACUUCUUCUUUCAUUGUCAUUACUGGAAUAUCUACACAUCAUUAAAUUGUGAAUAUUACACCUCUGCAGUGAAGGAGAGUGAAUUAUACUGAUCUCAUCAUCUCUUUCUCGAGGGGCACUGAACAAACUACUUUUAAUAAUGUAGGGGAAAGGGAGGUCUAGCAAUGUGAGAUGUUUGUUUCACUAAUGUCCUGCACUAAUUCCAAAUCUGAACUCUUUGAUUGAGUUUCCAAAUUUCUGAACAUUAUUUUUGGUUUGCGUAAUUCAUGAGAAUGGAUCCUCCACCUGGACAUGUUGGCCUACCUCCACCUCAUUUGUUGGUCUGCAUACUAGUUUGCAGCCAAUAAGCUUUCUGCCUUGAACAUCUAAAUAGAGUGGAUUGAACUGAAGCAGAAAAUGGAAUGGAAAGUGCAAGUCCAACUCUAUUUUAAAGGAUUAAUCAUUCUUUCACCACAGCCUCAAUGGUAGGAUCCAUUGGACAGAGUGCCAAACUGUGGGAGUUGAGCCUCUACAGUCAAGGGAAGAAGGAAUAUCGCAGCCAAGCUAAUGUAAACUAGCACACUAACUCCAGCAUAAGCUUGUGCUGAUACUCCAUACAUAAAGCCCAGCAGUUUUUAAUUGUCCUCAUUAUAUACGAUUGACCAUU